AUGGCUUCUCACGUCGCUCCCCUCCAACGGAGUCUUUUCGCGCGCGAGCGCGUCACAGCCGCCGCCGUUCCACUCAGCUCCUCUCACAGCAUCGUCACCCUUAAGAGACGGCUAGGUUCUAGCAGCAAACGAUCGCUCUCCCGUCGGCUUCCCUCAUCUAGAGUUACAGCCGUUCGAGCUACAGCCGUCAGCGAUGCGCCUUCCCGGGUCGCGGAUUCGGGGUCGAGCGGGCUGGAUCCAGAUCUCGCCAAGUCGCCGUUCAAAGUGAUUGUAGCGGGAGCGGGAAUCGGCGGUCUGGUGUUCGCUCUGUCGUGCAAGAACCGUGGCAUUGACGUGGAGGUAACUGAUAGCAUUCAUGGGGAUCUUCAUGCUCCUUUCAAAUCCACGUGCCUGUUCUGUUCCUUGUCCUCGUACUUGUUCAUACUUUCUCUUCUAACAGGACAUUCUCUCCUAACAGUUUCUUUCCACGUUGCCUUCUCCACCUCCCCCCUCCCCUUCCUCCUUCUCCCCUCCCCAACUCCCCCCCCCCACCUUCCCCAUCCUUAUCAGGUCUUCGAGCGGGAUCUCACCGCGAUUCGCGGCGAGGGGCAGUACCGCGGGCCGAUUCAGAUUCAGAGCAACGCGCUGGCGGCGCUGGAGGCGGUGGACCUGCGCGUGGCGGAGGAGGUGAUGGCGGCGGGGUGCAUCACGGGCGACCGCAUCAACGGGCUCUGCGACGGGCUCACCGGCGAAUGGUACGUGAAGUUCGACACGUUCACGCCAGCGGCGGAGGGCGGGUUACCAGUGACGCGCGUGAUCAGCCGCAUGACUCUCCAGCAGAUCCUCGUGGACGCCGUUGGGGAGGGCAUUAUCAGGAAUGGGUUGACCGUCGUUGACUUUGAAGACCAGGGCAAGCAGGUGGCGGUGAAGCUGAGUGACGGCAGCACGGUGUACGGGGACAUGCUCGUGGGCGCGGACGGUAUUCGCUCCAAGGUGCGGGACUUGCUGCUGGGAGUGACGGAGCCCACCUACUCGGACUACACGUGUUACACGGGCAUCUGUGACUUUGUCCCGCAUGACAUUGAGACCGUGGGGUAUCGUGUGUUUCUGGGCCACCGGCAGUACUUUGUGAGCAGCGACGUGGGGUUUGGCAAGAUGCAGUGGUAUGCUUUCUACAACGAGCCUGCUGGCGGCUCCGACCCCCCCGGCUGUCGCAAGCAGAGGUUGAUGAAACUUUUCGGCAAGUGGGCGGACGGGGUGGUGGAUCUCAUUCAGGCCACCCCUGAGGAGGACGUGCUCCGGCGAGACAUCUACGACCGCAUCCCCAUCCUGACGUGGAGCAAGGGGCGAGUCACUCUCAUGGGCGAUGCUGCUCAUGCCAUGCAGCCCAACAUGGGGCAGGGCGGAUGCAUGGCUAUCGAGGACGGCUUUCAACUGGCCCUGGACCUUGAAAAGGCAGUGGAAGGGGCACAGAAGAAGAGCAUCAGCAAGGGAGGGCAGCUGCGGCAGCACAUGGACGUGGCGGGUGUGGUGCAGCAGUAUGAGGCGGAGAGGCGGCUGAGAGUGGGGGCCGUGCAUGGCAUGGCACGCACAGCUGCCAUCAUGGCGUCUACCUACCGGGCGUACCUGGGGGAGGGCUUUGCCCCACUCUCGUGGCUGGUGAACUGGCGCAUUCCGCAUUGGGGUAAGAUGGGCGGGCAGGUGGUGAUGAAGCUCUUCAUGCCCGCCAUGCUCAAAUGGGUGCUCACCGGCAACACGUUUGCAUUGGAGGGCCGUGCGCCUUACUGCAGAAUCACGGACAGGGCGGAUUCGAAUCUAGCCAAGUGGAUGGACGAUGACGAUGCAUUGGAGAGAGCAACCGAUGCAGAGUGGUUCCUGCUGCCUGCUGCGGACCGCAUGCCCCUCACCGGCGCUCUCACUGACUCUGGCCGCCCCAUCCUGCCUCUGGCAAUCGCCACCACCCCCGAAGGCGCUCCCCCUACCACCAUCACGUCGGCCAUCACCAUUGUUGGCUCUGCAGAGUGUGCGCCUGCCAGCGGCACAGCAGCGGUCAUCUCACUGCCUGGGGUGGAGGAGAAGCACUGCCGCAUUGAGAGUCGCAGUGACCACACCUUCUAUGCAACAGACCUCAGCCAGACCCAGGGCACCUGGCUUGUCAGAGUGGAUGGAGCGCGGUCAAGGCUCACUCCAGGGUCCCCUGAACGCCUGCACCCUGGUGACUCCCUCCAGUUUGGACCCAACACCGAGGCUCUCUUCCGUAUCAAGCUGAGGAAGGCACAAGACGGUGGCAAGGCCAAGGAUGUGUUGGCAGCUGCGACUGCCUGA